AUGGCGGACGAAGUGGAUCAAAGUGAAGUUGAGGCGUUUGUGCGAGCCCACAUGGCUCAACUUGUUACUAGCAAAAUCCCCUCCGUAUAUUGGAGUGCUUUAUGCGCUAAACUUAAAAAUGAGCAAGGCACGUGUGCCAAGCUAGGAGCUUUGAGACUUAUUUUCUUGAUUGAUCACGCCUGGACUUACGAGCAGCGGUAUGCCAAAUCCCAUCUUGAUAACGUGCCUGGUCUUGCUGAAAGGAUGGCUGCUUUGAUGGGAAUUGAAGCCGCGGAAGGAGAGGAAUUAUCAAAAGAACAAAGAAGAGAUGAAAUACUCUCCAAGAUGUGGUGUUUUAACCAGACGUAUAGGACUGGAAUAAUGGCAUAUUCUGAGGGCAAAACACUGGAUGCUACUAAUCCUGAAGAUAAGAAUUCCCUCUGGUACAUUAUGGAUGAGUUUGGGUCAAGAAUACAGCAUUCAAAUGAGCCCACCUGUAAAAUGGCCCUCUUUUACUAUAUUCCUACAAAUAUCUCAUUCACAGUAAUGUGGCCCACAAUAAAUCUUGAGUAUGGAGGUACAUGUAUGGAUAGAACAAAGAAUCGAUUUUAUAAAACCUUGGAACAACCUCUGAUCAAAGUCGAGGCAUGUCUAACUCACAGAUUGAACCCUGAAACAACCUCUGGGCUGAUCAAGAAUGCCGCGGAAGGAGAGGAAUUAUCAAAAGAACAAAGAAGAGAUGAAAUACUCUCCAAGAUGUGGUGUUUUAACCAGACGUAUAGGACUGGAAUAAUGGCAUAUUCUGAGGGCAAAACACUGGAUGCUACUAAUCCUGAAGAUAAGAAUUCCCUCUGGUACAUUAUGGAUGAGUUUGGGUCAAGAAUACAGCAUUCAAAUGAGCCCACCUGUAAAAUGGCCCUCUUUUACUAUAUUCCUACAAAUAUCUCAUUCACAGUAAUGUGGCCCACAAUAAAUCUUGAGUAUGGAGAGGAAUUAACAAGGGACUAUCAGCCACAAGUAGAGGACCCCUAUUUAAGAAUUUUUAGACUGUUCCCAUGGCAACCAUGUAAUGUUGAUGAGGAAAUUGCCAAGCAUUUAAAAGAGAUGGAAGACAAUGACACAGAUACAAAACAGGAAGAUUAUGGGGAACUCUUACCAAAAGGAACAACUUCACCACCUUCUAGAAAACCCAGUAAUGGUAUUUACAAAGUAUUUACAAACUGUCCGCAAGUUAGGGAGUUCCUUACUGACUCAAGGUUUCAAUUGGUUGAGGAUCAAGAGGAUGCUGAUAUUAUUUGGACACUGGAUAAUUGGAAAGAUUUCAGGUCUUUAGAGAAAACUGGCCAGUUUAUAAACCAAAUUCCAUCUGAAAACCUCUUAACAUGCAAGGACUUAUUAGCUCUAACAUGUCAACGAUCAGACUUCAAGCACAAGGAGUACGAGAGUAUCGAGAAUGACGACCUGCUCUGCCGAGGACCGUACUGGUUACCGGUUACAUUCAACAUCAAUACUGAACUGCCUCUCUUUAUACRACAUUAUCAAAGACGAGAAAAAAGAGGUCUUGACAACCAUUGGAUAAUCAAGCCAUGGAAUAUGGGUCGCGGAUUGGACAUAACCGUGACACGUGACUUGAACCAUAUAAUAAGAAUGACAGAGACUGGGCCGAAGGUUGCCUGUAAAUACAUCGACAAACAAGUUCUCUUUCAUCGUAAGGAUGUUGGCCCCGUUAAGUUUGAUCUACGUUAUCAUCUGUUUAUCUGUUCUGUUGAUCCCCUUGAAGUCUAUGUGGACAGGUUGUUCUGGACUAGAUUCGCUAACAAGGUUUUUGCAUUGGAUAACUUAGAGGAUUACGAACAGCAUUGCACUGUAAUGAAUUACCAAGGCUCGUCUCUAAAACAGAUCUUUCAUAAAGACUUCAUCAAAAUGUUUAAUGAGCAAUACCCCAACCACAAGUAUGAAGAUAUAGAGAAACACCUAUUCGAGAUUUUUAAAGAGGUCGUUUACGCUGCCGUCAAAGAAAAACCUCCCAAGGGCCUGGGCCACUUCUCUAAGUCACGUGCUUACUACGGGAUAGACGUCAUGCUAAAGUGGGCUGAUGAUGGAUCUGAGAGAAUCAUUCCACAGAUUAUAGAGUUCAAUUUCCUGCCCGAUGCCGCCAGAGCUUGCCGCUAUUUCCCUCAGUUCUAUAAUGUAUUGUUGAGUCAAAUGUUUCUAGGUGACCCUAAUGGAUGGGAGAUAGACAGGCUUAUCUGAAACAUAAGUCGUUGAAAGCCUUUACCAAAUAAAUGGCAACUUCCAAUCAAUCAGAUGACUUUGUUUAAGGCCAAACAAAAAAUGUGUUUCCUGUUGCGCGACCG